AUGUCUUCCAUCCGCUUCCUGUGCCAGCGCUGCCACCAGGCCCUGAAGCUGAGCUGCUCCUCGGAGUCUAGGAGCCUCCCUGCAACCCCGGCGCCCACCUCCGGGCAGGCUGAGCCCGGAGACACCCGGGAGCCCGGCGUCACCACCAGGGAGGUGACAGACGCUGAGGAGCAACAGGACGGUGCCUCUAGCAGACCCCUUCCAGGCGAUGGCAGUGUGUCCAAGGACCAUGCCAACAUCUUCACCCUGCUGGGGGAGCUUGGCGCCAUGCACAUGCUCAGUAGCAUCCAGAAGGCAGCUGGUGACAUUUUUGACAUGGUCUCUGGCCAAGCAGUUGUGGACCAUCCCCUGUGUGAAGAAUGCACCGACAGUCUUUUAGAGCAGCUGGACAUCCAGCUCGCUCUCACAGAAGCUGACAGUCAGAACUACCAACGCUGCCUGGAGACCGGGGAGCUGGCGACCAGCGAGGACGAGACGGCGGCGCUGCGGGCGGAGCUGCGGGACCUGGAGCUGGAGGAGGCCAGGCUGGUGCAGGAGCUGGAGGAUGUGGACAGGAACAAUGCAAGAGCAGCGGCGCAUCUCGAGGCAGCCCAGGCAGAGGCUGCGGAGCUGGACCAGCAGGAGAGGCAGCACUACAGGGACUACAGUGCCUUGAAGUGGCAGCAGCUGGAACUGCUUGACCAGCUGGGGCACGUGGAGAACCAGCUGCAAUAUGCCAGGGUCCAGAUGGACCGGCUGAAGGAAAUCAACUGUUUCACCGCCACGUUUGAGAUCUGGGUGGAGGGCCCCUUGGGCGUCAUCAAUAACUUCAGGUUGGGCCGCCUCCCCACUGUCCGUGUGGGCUGGAAUGAGAUUAACACUGCCUGGGGACAGGCGGCUUUGCUGCUCCUUGCCCUGGCCAAUACAAUUGGACUGCAGUUUCAGAGGUAUCGACUCAUCCCCUGCGGAAACCAUUCGUAUCUGAAGUCUCUAACAGAUGACCGCGCUGAGCUGCCGUUGUUCUGUUAUGGGGGGCAGGAUGUUUUCCUCGAUAACAAGUAUGACCGCGCGAUGGUGGCCUUCCUGGACUGCAUGCAGCAGUUCAAGGAAGAGGCUGAGAAGGGUGAGCUGGGCCUCUCUCUGCCCUACGGGAUCCAGGUGGAGACAGGGCUGAUGGAGGACGUUGGCGGCCGAGGGGAAUGCUAUUCCAUCAGAACCCAUCUGAACACGCAGGAGCUGUGGACAAAGGCACUCAAGUUCAUGCUCAUAAAUUUCAAGUGGAGUCUCAUCUGGGUUGCCUCAAGGUAUCAAAAGUAG